AUGCUGGCAGUUUCGUCAGGACAAGGAGGAUUCUUUUUUUUGGAUGCACUAGGUGGAACUGGCAAAACAUUCCUUAUUUCGCUACUUUUUGCCGAGAUACGAUCAAAAUAUGGCAUCGCAUUGGCCGUUGCAUCUUCUGGCAUUGCAGCAACUUUAUUAGAUAGAGGCAGAACAGCUCAUUCAGCAUUCAAGCUGCCGUUGAACAUUCAAAGUAAUCCAGAUGCAGUGUACAACAUAAAAAAACAAUCGUCUAUGGCCACAGUGCUGAAACAAUGUAAAAUAAUUAUCUGGGAUGAAUGCACGAUGGCACACAAAUAUUCGCUUGAGGCAUUAGAUAGGACAUUAAAGGAUAUAAAAAACAACGAUAAACUAUUUGGCGGAACUUUAUUACUCCUUUCAGGUGAUUUCAGACAAACACUUCCCGUUAUUCCACGUUCAACGUACGCUGAUGAAAUCAACGCUUGCUUAAAAUCAUCGCGACUAUGGCGUAACGUUGAAAAAGUACAACUGAGGGUGAACAUGCGCGUUCAAUUGCUUCAGGAUCCAUCCGCCGAAACUUUCUCUAAACAACUGUUAGAUAUUGGAUAUGGGAAAGUUGCUGUACAUGAAAAUACUGGAUGCAUAAAAUUACAGACCGACUUCUGCACAAUCAUCGACUCGCAACAUAUUCUUAUCGAUCACGUAUUUUCCGACGUACACACACAAUAUGCAAAUCCUAAGUGGCUGGCAGAAAGAGCAAUUUUGGCUGCUGAAAAUUUGGACGUUAAUGGGCUAAAUUCAAAGAUAUAA